CCAGCAGUGCCACCCACCUGUGCCCACCAGUGCCACCCACCUGUGCCCACCAGUGCCACCCACCUGUGCCCACCAGUGCCACCCAGUGUGCCCACCACCAGUGCUGCCCACCAGUGCAGCCCGGCAGUGCUGCAAUCAGUGAUGCCAGUCAGUGCCAUCUAUCAGUACCCAUCAUCAGUGUCACCUAUCAGUGCCGCCUAUCAGUGCUGCAUAUUAGUGCCGCCUAUCCGUGACACCUCAUUAGUGCUGCCUAUCAGUGCCGCCUAUCCGUGCCACCCGCCUAUCCGUGCCACCUCAUUAGUGCUGCCUAUCAGUGCCCUUUAGUGCUGCCUAUCAGUGCCCAUCAGUG